UGUUUGAUUUUGGUGGCGACAUGUUUUACUGUUGAUGAUUAAAAGUGAUAUUUUAUUUAGUUUGUACUUAUAUAUCCACAUAUCUGUCUCUUGCGUUGAAGUAAAUAUGGACACGGACGAGGAGGGAGACAAUGACUGGGAUCGCAGUUUAGAGUCAGACAUGCUAGAGACAGAAGGAAGUUCCACUGACAGAGUUACAUCCAUAUCUCAGAGAGUGAUCCUGCACUUUGACCUGGACUGCUUCUAUGCACAAGUGGAGAUGAUCCGAAAUCCUGCACUCAGGAACAAACCUCUUGGGAUACAGCAGAAGUACUUAAUUGUGACGUGUAAUUAUGUGGCAAGAGAGCAUGGCCUGAAUAAACUGAUGUCAGUGACUGAUGCAGUGGAGAAAUGCCCACAGCUGGUGCUAGUGAAAGGAGAAGAUCUCACACAUUACAGAGAGAUGUCCUACAAAGUCACUGAAUUGCUGAUGUCAUACUGCCCACUAGUGGAAAGGCUGGGCUUUGAUGAAAACUUCAUGGACGUUACAGAAAUGGUGGAGAGAAGACUGAAGGAGACCUGUAUUUCAGAUCUCUCCUUCAACGGACACGUAUACAAACAUGAAAGCAUGGUAGUUGAUGAGGAGAACGCCCGACUGGCUGUCGGCUCUGUGAUAGCAGCUGAGAUGAGGCAGGCCAUCUUCAGCACGCUGGGACUAACCGGCUGUGCUGGCAUCGCUAACAACAAACUCUUAGCCAAACUAGUGUCUGGAACCUUUAAACCAAACCAGCAAACCACCCUCCUGCCUUACAGCACCGCUGAACUCAUGAGCAGCCUCACAGGACUAAUCAAAGUGCCUGGGAUUGGUUACAAGACACGUGAGAAGCUAAAGGCUUUGGGUCUGGUCAGUGUGAGAGAUCUACAGUUAUAUUCUCUGCCUGACCUGGUGAGGGAGUUUGGUGAAGUGACCGCUAAAAGGAUUCAAAACCUCGCCUGUGGCAUUGAUGACUCUCCAGUCACGCCGGCGGGUCCUCCUCAGUCUCUCAGCGAUGAGGACUCAUUCAAGAAAAUUUCCACUCUAGAGGAAGUUCAAAAGAAAACUGAGGAACUACUCACCAGCCUUACUGAGAGGAUGCACAAAGAUGGCAGGCGGCCACACACAUUCAGACUAACGAUUCGCCGAUACACAGUCACCAAUCGCUGGUUCAGUCGAGAGAGCCGACAGUGCCCUAUACCCAACCACACUGGGCUCAAGAUCACAUGCGGAAGCAGUGAGGCUGUGCCCCAGUUACUGGGACUGUCAAUGAAGCUAUUUCAUAAAAUGUUGGACACACGUGAGCCGUUCCAUCUGACCCUGCUGAAUGUGUGUUUUAGUAACCUGCAGGCUAAAAGCUCUAGCAAGAGCUCCAUCGCCUCUUUCUUUACACAGAAAUUUCCUACAACAACACAAAUGACAUCUCAACAGCAGGUGGAACUUGAUAUCUGUGAGCCUGCUGCAAAUUCCCAGUUCACUCAGGCAGAUGUUUUACAUAAAGAAGAUAAAACAUGGAACAGCAUGAAACCCAUAAAACACACAUGGAUAUCUCCAACCCAAGAAUUACAAACACAGCCACCCUUAAUCAACUCCAAAUCUCCCAGGCAGCCUGUUUUAGAGCACUCACAAGUUACAAAAAUGAACACAACAGAGUCUUGUAUGAGCAACGUUCCCGAGAAAACAUUGUGUUCCAGGCUGCCUCCAGGUGUCGAUCCAGAAGUAUUCAAACUCCUUCCUGAACACAUUCAGAUGGAGCUGAUUUCCAGUUUUCAAAGUGAAGACACUGCACAGCUCAUUUACGGACCCGCUGACACAUCUUCUGAUGUUGACCCAGCAGAUCAUUCCACAUGGGCUUUUAACCAACCAGCACCAGAACCCUGUGAGUCAGCACUGAAUUAUAACAGAAAUUCUGCAUCUCAUAACCAUGAACUCAGCAAGAAUUUGUCAUCUGCUCAGUUCACCGUGGAAUUAAAUUCUGGACUCGUCAAAGUCACAGAAAGUCAUGAUAUCCCACCUGCCUCUCAAGAACAUCAAUCAGAUGUCCCUGCGAAUGUGGACCCUUAUGUAUUCUCACAACUUCCUGCUGAUGUGCAAAGGGAGUUACUGACAGAGUGGAGACAGCAGAAACCGGUCCUAAAAAUCCCAUCCAAACACUCACAUAAAACCUCCAGUACCAGAGACAAGAAGAGCGCUGCUAAAGGCAGCCAGUGUAACAACAUACUGAAAUACUUCAAACCUAACUGAGAACAGAAACACUUGAUUGCCUGUUCAUAAACCAGAAAAAUACUAAAAAUACAUACGUAAACCAUAUCUUUGUAAAUCAGCCUUUGUAGAGGAAUGAAAAAUGUAAUUCUGUCACCAUUUACUCACCUUCAUGUCAAAUCUGUUUGACUUACUUUCUUCCACUGAACACGAAAAGG